CGCCCGCUCGCUCGCGGGGAAGCUGCAGGUGUCUGGUCCCGGAGGCCAUGGGGCGGCAGUGGGGGCCCGCGAUGAGGGCGGCCGAGCAGGCGGGCUGCGUGGUGAGCGCCUCCCGAGCCGGCCAGCCUGAGGCGGGCUCGUGGAGUUGCAGCGGCGUGAUCCUGAGCCGCAGCCCGGGCCUGGUGCUGUGCCACGGGGGUAUCGUCGCCCCUUUCCUGCGGGCCGGCAGCGGGGCCCUGACCGAAGCUGGCGCUGCCUACCUGCCAGGCGACAGUUGCAGCGACGACCUGCGCCUGCACGUGCAGUGGGGCUCAACGGCCGCGAGUCCCGCCAGCCGUUCGGAGCGGGGCCUCCCGGGGCUGUGCACGCCCCAGUGCGCCGGCCUCGAACCGGGCCCGCCUGCCCGGCCCCGCGGGCGGCCCCUGCAGCCCCCGCGCCCCGCCGAGCUGCUGCUGCUGCUGAGCUGCCCGGCCUUCCGGGCCCACUUCGCGCGCCUCUUCGGGGGCGAGGCGGCCGAGCAGUGGCGCUUCGCGAGCGCAGCGCCGGACGACGAGGUGUCGGAGGACGAGGAGGAGGAUCAGUUGAGAGCGCUGGGCUGGUUCGCGCUGCUGAGCUUGCGGCCCGGCCAGGAGGAGGCGGCGGAGGAGCGCGGGCCGGUAGUGGCCGUGGCCCCUCUCGGGGCGGUGCCCAAGGGCGCGCCGCUGCUAGCCUGCGGCUCCCCGUUCGGGGCCUUCUGCCCGGACAUCUUCCUCAACACGCUCAGCCGCGGCGUGCUCAGCAACGCGGCCGGCCCGCUGCUGCUCACCGAUGCGCGCUGCCUGCCGGGCACCGAGGGCGGCGGCGUGUUCACUGCGCGGCCCGCGGGGGCGCUGGUGGCGCUGGUGGCCGCUCCACUCUGCUGGAAGGCCCGCGAGUGGGUGGGCCUCACGCUGCUCUGCGCCGCCGCCCCGCUCCUCCGCGCCGCCCGCUCGGCGCUUGGCCGUCUGCAAACAGGUGCCGCUGCUCUGGCCGCCCUCCUGCCGCCCGAGGUGGGCGCCCCGUGGGGUCUGCCCCUCCGAGAUCCCGGGCCCCUGUGGGCAGCCGCGGCCGUGCUGGUGGAGUGCGGCACCGUAUGGGGCUCCGGAGUGGCCAUGGCGCCCCGCCUCGUGGUGACCUGCCGGCACGUGGCUCCUCGGGAGGCAACCAGGGUCCUGGUCCGCUCCGCCACCCCCAAGAAUGCGGUGAUCUGGGGACAUGUGGUGUUUGCCACCCAGGAGACAUCUCCCUAUGACAUAGCGGUAGUGAGCCUGGAGGAGGACCUGGACGACGUCCCCAUGCCUGUGUCCGCUGAGCACUUUCAUGAAGGUGAGGCUGUCAGCGUGGUGGGCUUCGGUGUCUUCGGCCAGGCUUGUGGGCCCUCGGUGACCUCGGGCAUCCUGUCGGCUGUGGUACGGGUGGAUGACACACCAGUGAUGCUGCAGACCACAUGCGCUGUGCACGGCGGCUCCAGCGGGGGACCUCUCUUCUCCGCUCACUCGGGGAACCUUCUUGGCAUUGUCGCCAGCAACACCCGGGACAAUAACACAGGGGCCACCUACCCCCACCUGAACUUCAGCAUUCCCAUCACCGUGCUCCAGCAGGCCCUGCAGUGGUACAGUGAGACCGGCGACCUGGGUGGCCUCCGACAGCUGGACCGUGCUACCGAGCCGGUCAGGGUGGUGUGGCGGCUGCAGCGGCCUCUGGCAAAGACCCCGAGGAGCAAGCUCUGAGGCUGUGUCACCCCUCUGGAAAGAAGAAUGACCUUUUGAUGCUGUAGGAAGCGAUACCGAGGUGAUGGUGACCUUAGGAUCUGGGGCACACCCCGGCUCGGCUGCCUCCCUGUCUCCACCCACGGACUGCAGUUUGGGCUCUGGGCCCUGGAACAAACUUCUCUUUAGCCCCACGGGUCCUUAACCUGGCAGCCUGUUUUGGGGUGCUUUCUUGAGCCCCCACCUCUCUGUGUCCCUGGCACUGGACUCAGCUGUGUUGGUUUCCCUUCUGGGGAGCCCAGGCCCACUGCACAAAAGCUCUGGCCUGUCAGGCCGGUGCUGGCCAGAAGGCAGGUCCGGGCCUAGUUUCUCCCCUGUUCCCCCAGAAGCCACUGGCCACCGGGAGCAGCUGCUGCACUGGGGCCUUGGCUCCUGUCUGCCUCUCAGUCAGGGCUGAUGGAGGACUCGGAAUGCCUCCGCAGAGAGGCCCUGCCCUGAAGACCGGAUAUGAAAGGGCAGAAACAAGUGUCUCCCUGCUGUGCCAGACCUAGGGCAGGCGGGUCCCUGAAAGUCUGCACUCCUGGGUCUUUGUAGCCGACAGGAGCGCUCUGACACGGUGCCUUCGUUCCCAGCCCUGGGCCUCAGGGAUCCCGGGGGUAGGACAUGUCUGGUUGGGGCAUAGGA